UGAGCAAAAGGCAAGGACUGCCCGGCUCCACCGGAGGACCAUCCUCCUUGGUUGCCCUGGCAACCAGAGUAUAAGCUUCCAGCAGCUAAUGUAAGGGGAGAACCCACCACAGGAGGAGUACACUAUGGAUGAGAGUGUCCGGCUACAACCCAGCAGCUGAGAAGCAAGGCUGCAGAGAUGGAAGAGGAGGCAGGAAGAGGGAAGGACCACCAGUCUGUUGUCUCCACAUGGUCCUAGUGUCCCCUGGCGAGUACAGGAUCCAGGUGAGGUUUGACGUUGUCGCUUGGUGUUGGUAAGCACAAGUGCGACGUUCGACGCUCGGCAUCCCUGAGGGAUCUGACACAUGACGUAUGUGGUGAUGGAGGGAUGUUUUACAAUUGUUGCCGGACUCCUUCUUGACAUCUGCCCCUGGCAACAGAAGACACACACCAAGGGAUGGAUGGAUGACCAUGAAGGUGACGAUGCUGAGGAGGCAAACUAUCCACUUGAAGUGUUUAGUGUUCUCCAUCGAGUCCAGUAUUCCAUGCAUUCUACUAGAGGCGGACUGAGCCGGAAUGCCGUCGGGAUGAACAUUUCUGCUUAAUUCCUGAAAAUUUGAAGUGCAUUCUGAGUGCAUUCCAGAUAUUCAGGCCCAUUCUUGUGGUCGAAUGGUAUUUGAAAGGUAUUCUAACUGCAUUCUACAUAUUCUAACAGCAUUCCAAAUAUUUGACAUUCUGACAACACCUCAAGAAAUGUAUGUGUAUGUGAUGAAGACGCUCGGAUCUUCUUCCGCUGUGCGACACACACGUAAACAAGAUGUUUAUUUGUAUUUGUAUUUGUAUGUACUUUAUUUAUCCCACAGCGGGGAAAUUUACUUGUUACAGCAGCAAGCAAGCAAGACAAGUAAAGAGAACAGUAAAGUAAAGUAAAGCAUCGUGACUACAACAUGGUUCAGGUGGUGCAGGUGUUGUAGAGCCUGACAGCGGUCGGUAUGAAGGACCUGCGGAACCUCUCCUUCUUACACCGUGUGUGUAACAGUCUGCUGCUGAAGGAGCUGCCCAGGGAAACAACAGUGUCAUGUAGCGGGUGAGAGGUGUUGUCCAUGAUGGAUGUCAGCUUAGCCAAUAUCCUUCUCUCCCCCACUUCCUCCACGGAGUCCAGAGGACCGUCCAGGACAGAGCUCGCUCUCCUGAUCAGCCUAUUGAUCCUGCUCCUGUCCCUGUCCGUGCUGCCCCCUCUCCAGCAGCCCACAGCAUAGAAGAUGGCUGAGGCCACCACAGAGUCAUAAAAGGUCCGUAAAAGCUCCGUCGGGAAGAAGAUGGGAGCGUCUCCGUCACACACACAAGAAUGGACAGGCGACACGUUUUUGUGAUGCAAAUGUUUUGCCCUUUUGAACGCAUAUUGUUUUGAGAAGCCAAACUCCUUACUUGUAUAACCCCAGGGACUACCUGGAACUGCGUUCUUCAUCACCAAAAUCCGACCAGAACUGGACUUAGGGGACCAACUGGGGAGUAAGUCCCCAUUGAUGGACUACACUGCUGAUGGGGAUGUCAUACAACUUCAAGUCAAAUUAUCCUAAGUAUCCCUUUAAGGCUUAAGUCUACAGUAUUGACACAUCGCUCAAAUCUUGGCUAUAAUCACUGCAAACAUCCUCUGUCUCAUACACUGCUGAGUUUGUCUACCUGAGUGAUGGCGUCACUUCCGGAAAUGAGACUGAACAGCGAGAGCUAGCUUGUCGUGGCUGUUGCCAUGAACUAUAAAUGUCAUUUUUGCACAUUUAACGUUCGCUUUCAAAAACUGAACAAUCCAUCCAUUCAUUUUCUAUGCCGCUUAUCCUCACUAGGGUCGCGGGUAUGCUGGAGCCUAUCCCAGCUGACUUCGGGCGAGAGGCGGGCUACCCUGAACUGGCUGCCAGCCAACAUGCUAACCACUAGGCCACCGUGCGGCCCAAAAAAACAAUGUAGAACACAAUUACAAGCAAUAUAUAACAUAUUUAAGCAAAGUUGAUAAAUCACGUCAGCGAGUACACGUGUUCUUUGAGUGUUUGGCGUUAAGAGAGCGAGCACCUGGGGGCGCAGCCUCCUUAGCUCUGCACUUACUUGAGCUGCUGUCCUAUGGGCUGUGUGAUAGGUAGGUGUGGGUGGGUGUUUGGAUCCGUGUUCAGAGGCGUGAGUGGAAUGGCUCGUCAAACCUGUUAAAAGACUGGUUUACCUUUCCCACAUCCCCCUCAGUGUGUUGUUUUACAAAAGAUCAAAGUGGCCCUUGCAUCCUUUCAUUGUUCAGGACGUGGCCCUCGGUGGAAAAUGUCUGGACACCCCUGGUCUAAACGAGAACUUCUCUUUCUUCUGCCGGGGUAAGUGCGUCAUGCAUAAACGCAGUCAGUCAGUCUCAGUCUGUUGAAAUGAUGGCCGAUGGUAAACGGGGCUGUGUGUGAAUUGUGUUGUUUUGUUUUGUUUUAAUUUUCCAACUAUUUCAACUUUCUUGUACAUUGUCGUUUCAUAAUUAGGACUUUAUUCUCGUAACAUUCUAACUUUUUCUGCAACUUACUUUUCCAACAUUUUUCCAAAAAUUACAUCCUUUUUCCUUAAUAUAGAACCUUUAUGCAAGUAAAAUUACUCUAUUCAUUUUUCUCAUUAGCUUACAACUUUUUUCUGUUAAUAUUUUGACUUUACAGUUGUAAAAUUACUGCAGCUUUUUCCAUUUUUUGCUGUUGUUUUUUUGUUUUAGUUUAGUUUGCAUUCUUAUAGUAGGUCUGGUUUAGUGGCGAGGUAGAGCUUGGUGUCAUCAGCAAAGCAAUGGAACUGGAUAUUGAACCUGCGGGAGACAUUGCCAAGGGGGAGAAGGUAGAUGAUGAAAAGAAGGGACCCCGGGACAGAGCCCUGAGGCACACCUGUAGUGACAGAGGAGAGGUCAGACAUAAAGGACUUGAUCUGUAUGAAGUGAGUGCGGCCUGUGAGAUAUGAGUGAAAUCAGUCGAGGUGGGUGUGGGUGAUAAUUUUAGAAAUGUAAGGAAGGUUAGAAGGUUAUUGUAUAGUUGUUCCAGUCUGAGACAGUUUAAAAAAAAAAUUGGGGUCACAACUGCAGUCUGGAAAUGUGAUGGGACAAUUCCAGUGCAAAGUGAGGCGUGAGUGGUGGCAGAAAUGAGAGGAAGCAAGGAGGAAAGGCAGGAUUUGACUGGGAGUGUGUGGAAAGGAUCAAGCUGACAGGGGGAGGACUUGGUCGGCAAUUUCCCACAAGUUGGGGAGUUGAAAAGGAGAGAAAGGUUCAGGUGGAGAAGGAAGCGGGGAUUUAUUGAGCAGUGAAAACAGGGUGUUUUUGUUACCUUGAUUUGAACUGAUUUGACCGGAAUAAUCGUUUAAUUUGGUUUGAUUGAUAAAGUCCUUGUAGUGUGAAAUAUGGUUUUGUAUAUUUCUUUGUGAAUGGUAAGACCGGUUCUUUUAUGGAGUCACUCAAGCUGGCGACCUUUCACUUUCAUUGACCAGAGUUCAGGGUUAUACCAGGGAGCAGAUAAGGAGAAAGAAACGGACCAAGUUUUCCCAAAUACCUCGGUCUUUUUUAAAUAAAUAGAUACAUUACUCUGAUGUCUUGUAUUCUUUGAGCUAUGAGCUAUGGUACGAUUUCAGAUAUACUGUACUACUUUACAAUUGGUAUAUUUGCGCAAAGCAUUGGUAUCGGAUGGGUAUCGCCGAUACCAGCCUGAAUUUUACUCCGGAUCGGAUCGGAAAGGAAUUCAGUGGUAUCGCAAUGUGCUCCAGAUCUGCAGUCUCUUAAAGACACGGUAACGCUUGUCUGUCAUGACAGAAAGGAACGUAAACAUGAGCUACAUCAAACAAUUUCGCAUAACUUUUAACUAAUUACAAGAAAUGCAAUAAAACUUCAUUUGAAUAACUUUUAUCUCAAUCACAAUGAAACUAGACUACAUUUAUGCGUUGCCAAAUACAAACAUUUUUAUUUUGGCGCCCACAAACAUGCAUGUGAGGGGUUCAUUAUGUCCCAGGGCAAAGUGUUAGCUUGGGUCCGUUGUGAGUAUCUCCAAUCUCAUGAAACAUCCUUCAAUGGUACGAGAUAGCUGCAUAUACAACAUUCUAUUCUAUUCUAUAAUUUCUAUGUUGUCUGAUUUAUUGCUAGGCUUUUGUGAACACAUACUUCAUAACAAUCCCCCUUUUUAACAUAACCAAGAGUAAAUUAUUUACUGAUGAAGAUCUCGACUUAAACCAUUGUCUUUACGCUAUGCUGUGGUAAUCUGCCAUUAAAUAGAGGUAAAUAGAGGAGGAUCCUAACCCAAAAAUAGUUUGACCCUGGUUUAGACUGGUGAUUGGUGAUUGAGUGGUGAUUCCUAUUUGAUUAAAAAAAAAAAAAAAACAAUAACAAAAUGAAAGGCUUAACUUCAUAAAACAUUUGUGGCAUACUGCCGUCAGAUGAAUGAACAGCUGUGUUUUCUGAACCGGCACCAUCUUGGCUGUGACGGGAACCAGAUUCAAACAAACGCAGCCAUGAAGUCACAGCAAAGCCAAGAAAGUGACAUAUUCACAACAACAACGCACACUGUCAUGAUGACAGUCUGCGUCUUGCAAAAUGCAAGACCAGUGUGUUAUAUCAUAGUCAUCAAGCGAUCAUUGCUUCUCUAGCCCUGGCAUGAAACCCCAUACUAUUAUUCUAAGAUUCUUAGAACAGUUCCAGUAAAACAAUUAGGAUUUACUUACUGAAACUGAUAGAUUGACUGCAAGAUAGGAGAGAAAGACGAGUGACAGCAAUCCAUGCUUAGCUAGCAAUUCACGUUGAGAAUACCCAGCAACCACGUUCAAACAAACACAGCCAUGAACGCCCACGAUUCACAACAAUAACACGAUAAUAACAUUUACUGAUGUUAUGUUGUGAUGAGUAUGAUGCUGUAUGUUUUACUGGCAGUGAUAGCCACUGACAGGUAUCAGUUGUUUAGCUAGCAAUUUGGCAUGAAAACUCAUAAUUUUUACUAUAAAAAACGGAGUGACGCUGCAAUCAAAGAUGACUUUUUGGAUUUAUUGUUGCAGACUACAGAUAGCACAUUAGCCUAUUAGCAUGUCAUAACCAAGCCAGUUACGAAUCAACACUUCAGUAGCCCAGCACUAGGGCAGUAGGCUGGCUACGCUAGAGGAUAUUAGUAGAAAAAAAUUGGGAUUGGUGACGUUCCAUAUACCGAGAGCUAUCUUCUGCAGCCAAGAAUAGGACCGCCAAGGGCCCCGCUUUCCGCUGCCACCCAACUUACUCUGCACCCGACCCCUUUGGCCUCUCCAUUUUGCCUCUUUGGGCUGUGCCCGGCUGGCCCCAUAGGUACAGGCCCGGCCAUCAGGCACUCGCCAUCGUGCCCCACCUCCAGGCCUGGGUCCAGAGGGGGGCCCCGGUGACCCGAGCAAGGGAAAAGUAAGUCAAUUUAUCUUGCUCAUCAGGGGCCAAAAUGUGUUUGCUCUGUAGGGUGGUUGGGCUCGCACUUGGAGAUAAGGACUCUACAAUCUUGUCAGCCUUUUCAAGUUCAGGCAGGCUAAAGUAGUAAAAGAACUUGACAGUACCCAUUUAAGAUGCUUUUUCGUGGUCUAACGUCACCAACUGACUCCUAUUUCUGCCUCAGGUUAAGGAUGUAUCGAAUAUUGCACUGGAUGAGGACACGGCACAGGAUGAGGAAUGCUAAUUGCUACAAGUGGAUUGUUUGCGUUCUCAGCAUUGUCACCUUCAUGGUCGUUAAUUUCAUUUUGACCAGAGGGCAGACGAGUCUCAGUUUAAAGUUGACGCAUCCAUCUUCCGUGAGGCCUGUCCGCCAAUGCCCCAUGCAGGUUAGCGAGGAGACCAUCACACCUCUGGACAAAACCAAGCACUUGCUGGUCUCCGCCUACAUGGACCAAAGAGUGCCCGGUCUGGACGUACACAUCAUCAGCAUCUUCAAGGUCGACUCCAUGGAGCCCAUGGAGUGUAUCUUCUGUUGCCAGGGGCAGAUGUCAAGAAGGAGCCAGGCAGCAAUUGUAAAACAUCCCUCCAGUUCUGCCUUUCCCUACAUCACCACCUACGUCAUGUGUCAGCUCCCUCAGGGAUGCCAAGGCUCGCAUGUCACAAUUGUGCCUUACCAACACCAAGCGACGGUGUCAAACCUCAUGUGGAUCCCUGUGAAAAACCGGGAGAAGGAGAUCAGGUUGAACUUCACAGUGUGCAUCUCCACCAUGUAUGGAGGCUACAACAACGUACUCCAGACGGCACAGACAUUGGAGAUAUACAGGCUGCUGGGCGUUGACAAAGUGGUGAUCUACAAGACCAACAGCGGUCCGGAGGUGGGCCGCCUGUUGCACAGCUACAUCCAGGAGGGCUUUGUGGAGAUUGUCCCUUGGCUCAUCGACAAGCACCUAACGCCUUCCAGCACCUGGAGCUUCUCCAAGGGUGCAGGGGACAUCCGUUACUUUGGACAGCUCACCACACUCAGCGAAUGCCUGUACAGAUCAAUGGAGAGGUCGCGCUACGUUCUGAUGAACGACCUGGACGAGAUCAUCAUGCCGCACCAGCACGACAGCCUCAUGUCUAUGAUGACCUCCUUCCAACAGCAGAAUCCUAAUUUCCUUGAGAUUGGAGAGUUUCGCAUCAAAACCUUCUAUUUCCCAACGGCGCUGGUUGAUCCAAGCAAGAAGUUCAGGCUGCCUCAGUGGGAAGGAGUGCCGGGGCAUAAUAUUUUGGAGCACAUCUACUCAAGGGAGUACAUUGGUACUAACCCAAACAAGCUGAUACUUCAGCCAAGGUUGGUGGCGUUCCCCAAUGUGCAUGUCGUGGGGAAGAACUUUGGACAAACCUACAUGGUCCCCCCUGAAGUCUGUCGGGUCAUUCAUGUCCGCACUAAACCCGCUAAAACGACGGAGCAGGACGAAGUCAACACAAGACUCUGGGACUUCCACCAAAAGCUCAUCCCCAAUGUGGACCGGGUGUUGAAGAGAGCAGGGCUACUACAAUAAUCCCUUGUGUAUCGUGGUUAAUUGGUUCCUCAACCACCGUGAUCACUGAAUUUCCACAAAGUAGAAUUCCUUAUUUACAGGUACUACCCAAAAAAUUUGAAUAUCAAGUAAAAGUUGUUUUAUUUUGGCAAUUUAACAUAAAAGAUUACACCAACAAAUUUUACUGAGCCGUGACACACAAAUUGACAUUUCUCAAGCAGUUCCUUGUUGUAACUUUGCUGAUUAAGAUUUUCAGCUUAUUAAAACCACAAACCCACAAACUCAGAAAAUUAGAAUACUGUGAAAAUUUUCAGUUCUGUAGGUUCAAAGAGUCAAAUUCUGAUCAGGCAAGUAAUCCAAAACACCUGCAAAAGGGUCCUGAGCCUUGAAAAAGUCUGUCUUAGGUUGGCUCAGAAGAGUUCAGACAUGGGGGGGAAGACUCCUGAUCUGACAGUUGUGCAGAAAACUCUCAUUGACUUGAGAGUCAAUGAGAAUUGAGAGUUGAGAGUAGACAGUCAAGUGGAAGGAAGAAGUGUGAAAGAAAACGGUGUACAAGCCAGAGAGAUGACCACAGGCUGGAGAGGGUUGUCAGGAAAGGGCCAUUCAAAAGUGUGGGGGAGUGUCAUAAGGAGUGAACCGAUGCUGGAGUUGUUGCUUCAAGAGAAACACACAGGCGGAUGCUGGACAUGGGCUUCAAAUGUCGAAUUCCUGUUGUCAAACCUCUCCUCAAUAGUAAUCAGCACCAGAGGCGCCUUUCCUGGGCAAGAGAAAUGAAGGACUGGUCUGUUGCCCAGUGGUCAAAAGUCCUCUUUUCUGAUGGGAGCAAGUUUUGCAUCUCAUUUGGCAACAAUGGUCACAGAGUCUGGAGGAAGACUGGAGAAGAGCACGAUAGAAGAUGCAUGUUAGGUUUCCCCAGUCUGUGAUGACUUGGGGAUCCAUGUCAGCUGCUGGUGUUGGUCCUCUGUGCUUCAUGAAGUCAAACAUAACUGUAGCCAUCUACCAGGACAUUUCAGAGCACUUUAUGAUGGCUUCAGUAGAACAGCUUUAUGGAGAUGCAGACUUCAUCUUCCAGCAGGACUUGGCACCUGCUCACACUGGUAAAAGUACAAAGUCCUGGUUCAACGACCAUGGGUUAACAUGUUUGAUUGGCCUGCAACCUGAACCCCAUAGAAAAUCUGUGGGUCAUUGUCAAGAGAAAACUGUACGAGAAGAGACCAAACAAUAAAGAAGAGCUAAAGGCCACAAUUGAAGUAUGCCGGUCUUCCAUAACCCCUGAGAUAUGCCACAAACUGGUAGCAUCCAUGCCACGCCAGAUAAAGGCUGUUAUUCAGGCAAAAGGGGUCUCAACCAAGUACUAAAUACAGGUGCAAGAGUUUAGUUUUGGAGGCCUUGCAUUUUUGUAUUUAAAACCCUUUUUUUACAUUGACUUUAUGUAAUAUUCUAAUUUUCUGAGUUUAUGAAUUUGAGUUUUUUUUAAGCUGCUAGACCUGAUCAGCAAAAUCCAAAGAAAUAAAAACUUGAAAUAUAUUGAUUUGCAUAUUAUUUGUUUAUAUAAUAUGUCAAAUUCACCUUUUAAGUUGAACUGCAGAAAUACAACAACUUUUUCAGGAUAUUCUAAUUUUCUGAGUAGUACCUGUAUGAAUGGAAUAUUUUCAUAGUGAGAACAUAGAAUUUUUUUUUUUUAAUCAUUGCGCGUGAAAGUUUCCCGUGGCCCGCUGGUUGAGGACCCCUCCCCUAGGGCACCUGAAUAUUGGGUGGACAGGAAGUUACGUCAGGGUUCAGAGUUGAGUUUUAGCUUGGCGUGGAUUGGGGCCACAACAGUAUCUUGUGUUUUUAUUCUGGAUUUUUAUUAGGGAUCAUUAUCAUUAGGGAUUAUUACUAGGGUUUUAUGCUGCCGAUUCCGAUACCAAUCAUCCAUGAGUGAAAUCGGCUGAUUCUGAUCACAUGGAUUAUGAUGAGGACUAUUGGCCAAGUGUAAAAGUCAGGACAAUUCCAAGGUCCCCUAAUUGCCAGGGGAGCCAAAAAAUGGGUAAUUGCUAAUAAAAUUAGUAA